GUAACAUCCAAUCUGCCAUUUUAAAAAAAAAGAAACAGUCGGCCACGCUUGCCACAGAAAUCGUUUCACGUUUUGGGGAUUUUUUCCCCUUUGUUUCGUUCCAAUAUUGCUGUAACUACCUCAUUACCAGAGCAAAACAUAAAAUUCACAAGUCAAAAUUCGAAAUGGCUGAUUUAGACGAUUUCUUCGCAAAGAAAGAUCGCAAAAAGAAAGCGGUAAAAAAGUUCGCGACUGCCGACGAAUUAGCUAAGAAACUAGAGGACACAAAACAGAAAACUGAUGUUCGACCUAAGAAGGAAAGGCCUGUACAGGAGGGUGAAGAGGGCGGCCGAGCUGGGGAAGAAGAGGAGUGGAAAGAGUACGAGGAACCUGUGAAAGACUACACGGGGCUCAAGAUCCAAGUGCUGCAAGGCGGCAACGGAGCGCCCGAGUCGGGCGGCCGCUCCGAGUCCGAGGACAGCGCGCCGGACGGCUCAGGCAAGGGCAAGGGCCCGUGGAAUAAGCCUGUGAGUAGCUAUUGUUAUUAUAUUUAAAGACCGGUCGCUGAG